AAACCCUCAUCGGUAGAGGAGAGCGGGCUAGCAAGGAGACUCCGGGCUACGGUCGCACCGGGAAUUCAGAAGUGAUUGAUUUUGCGUGGCGUUGGACUCGGAAGCCAGGUCUACUUGUCUUGCUGAAAGCUCCCAGGACAGGGAUUGGGGUGCGGUGGUGGGGUUGCACAGCUCCGUUUUCCUUUUAUUUUUCAAAGGGAGAAGGGGGAUAAGGCAGGAAAGAGAAUGUACAGAAUACCGACUAAACGUUAAUUUUUGAUACGAAGAACGGAGUAGCAAUUCCAUACUCUUCCUUCUGUUGCUCCACUAGGUUAACUUCACUUUUGAAUGCUCAAUUUUGAAAUUGGCUAGUGUGUUUAACAAUUUGAUCGAGUUCAGGGGUGAGCGUUUGACACAUCUAAGUGCAUUUUAUUGAGCGCUAUUCAGUCACUUUUCACGAUGGAGGUUUUGAAGACUUGUGUACUUAGAAGAAAUGCAUGUACUGCGGCUUGUUUCUGGAGAAGCAAAAUUGUACAGAAGCCUUCCGUUAGGAAGAUUAGUACUACCUCUCCAAGGAGUACUGUCAUGCCAGCUUGGGUGAUAGAUAGAUACGGGAAGAAUGAAGUCCUUCGAUUCACAAAGAACAUGAUGUUACCUAUCAUACAUUAUCCAAAUGAAGUUAUUAUAAAAGUCCAUGCUGCAAGUAUAAAUCCUAUAGAUGUUAAUAUGAGAAGUGGUUACGGAGCAACAGCCUUGAACAUGAAGCGUGAUCCUUUGCACGUGAAAAUCAAAGGGGAAGAAUUUCCUCUAACACUAGGUCGGGAUGUCUCCGGUGUGGUGAUGGAGUGUGGGCUUGACGUGAAGUAUUUCAAGCCCGGAGAUGAGGUCUGGGCUGCAGUUCCCCCUUGGAAACAAGGCACUUUCUCGGAAUUUGUUGUGGUCAGCGGGAACGAGGUCUCUCACAAGCCCAAGUCACUCGCUCAUAUUCAAGCUGCCUCUCUGCCAUAUGUGGCUCUCACAGCCUGGUCUGCCAUAAACAAGGUUGGUGGCCUGAAUAACAAGAACUGCAUGGGAAAACGAGUUUUAAUCUUGGGCGCUUCUGGCGGGGUCGGUACUUUUGCAAUACAGAUAAUGAAAGCGUGGGAUGCUCAUGUGACAGCAGUUUGCUCUAAAGAUGCCAGUGAACUUGUGAGGAAGCUUGGGGCGGAUGAUGUAAUUGAUUACAAAUCUGGACGUGUAGAAGAGCAGCUGAAACCUUUAAAACCGUUUGACUUUAUCCUUGAUAAUGUUGGUGGAUCCACUGAAACAUGGGCUCUCGAAUUUCUCAAGAAAUGGUCAGGAGCCACCUAUGUGACUUUGGUGACCCCUUUCCUCCUGAACAUGGACCGCCUGGGCGUAGCAGACGGCAUGCUGCAGACCGGACUCACUGUGGGCACAAAAGCGUUAAAGCAUUUCUGGCAAGGAGUCCAUUAUCGCUGGGCCUUUUUCAUGGCCAGUGGUGUACAUCUAGAUGAAAUUGCAGAACUCGUAGAUGCGGGAAAGAUUCAGCCAGUUAUUGAACAAACCUUUCCUUUUUCUAAAGUUCCGGACGCCUUCCUGAAGGUGGAAAGAGGACAUGCACGAGGAAAGACUGUAAUAAAUGUCAUUUAAAUAAAUGCUCUGUGCAGUUAGUAAUUGUUGGCUCUCUUAUU